ACAAGUACAAAAAGGGCUGUAGAAACCACCGACCUAACUAAAAGUUUUGGCUGGGAUAGUUCAGAAGUUUGGCAACAGCAUGAUGUACAGGAGUUAUGUAGGGUUAUGUUUGAUGCCCUGGAAGUAACAUGGCGUGGCACUGACCAGGAAAAACUUGUCAAUCACCUGUACCAGGGCAAAAUGAAAGAUUAUGUCAAAUGUUUAGAGUGUGGAAAUGAGAGUGCUAGGAUAGACACAUACCUUGAUAUACCUCUAGUCAUACGACCUUUUGGAUCUACAACUGCCUAUAAAAGUGUUACAGAGGCUCUAGAAGCAUUUGUUCAGCCAGAGAUUCUAGAAGGUCGAGAUCAGUAUUUCUGUGAAAAAUGUAAUAAAAAAUGUGAUGCCCAUAAGGGCUUAAAGUUUUUAGAGUUUCCAUACAUGUUGACGUUACAAAUGAAGAGGUUUGAUUUUGACUAUGCUACCAUGCACAGGAUCAAGCUUAAUGAUAAAAUGACAUUUCCUGAGGUGCUAAAUCUGAACUAUUUAAUUGAUGGUGUUUCUGAGGAAAGUACAGGGGAAGAGGAGGCCCCUUCUGUCACUGACAGUACGGGAAAAGACCAAUGUAAUGAUGAUGCAAUAGAUGAAGGUAUAGAGAUGGAGGUGUCCAGCUCGGCUGGAUCAAUCAAUGAAGAAUCUAGUCCCUCUAAUGACACUCUCAAUGACAGAAAUGCCCAGCAUUCAAAUGUCAAGGGUCCAUAUGAAUAUGAGUUGUUUUCUAUAAUGAUACACUCUGGUAGUGCAGCAGGUGGACAUUACUAUGCCUAUAUCAAAUGUUUGAGUGAUGGUCAAUGGUACAGCUUUAAUGAUCAACAUGUCUCUAAAAUAACCUAUGAUGAUAUAAGAAAGACAUAUGGGGGAAGUUCUACAACCAGGGGAUAUUAUUCUUCAUCAUAUGCUAGCUCUGCCAAUGCUUACAUGUUAAUGUACAGGAAAAUUGAUAAAGAAAAAAAUAUAGAUUUCAUGAGCGGGGAAGAAUUUCCUGAUCAUGUGAAAGUUGAGCUUAGAAAACUUAAUGAUAAGGAAGAGGCAGACAGGAAACAAAAAGAAAUGGACAAGUCAACUUGCAAGAUAAAGAUUUUCUGUGUACAUCCUUCUCGGAAGAAGAAGCUGGACCAUAAAUUAGAGAUUCAUAAAGAAAAAACUCUGUCAGAGGCUACAGAUCUAGCAUACAAGAUAUUUGAGUUGGAAGACUGUGUGACUAGAGACUGUUGUAGGAUUGUCAAGUAUGAUGAAUAUCAAGAUUCACUUGAGUGUUCUUUUGACAAUUCUGAUGAUGUUCCCAUGGAAACCUUACUGAAUGGAGUAAAACAGAGCUACAGUUUUGAUUUACUUCUAGAAACUAGAAGACCUGAGCAGAAAUUUCAGGAAUAUAAACCUGGAGGGGUAACAGUAAAGGUAUAUGUGGCAGAUUUGGAAAAAGAUAUAAUAAUAGAGCCGCCAGCCACUGUGAGGGCAUAUCUGGUACAGACAGUGCAAGAGUUCAAAACCCUUGUUGCCCAGGUUCUGGCAUUGAAUGAAGAAGAUAUGAGGUGUGUUCUGGAGCGAUUCCACAAUGAUCUAAAACUUCUUCAUAUGCCAAAUAAAACUUUGAAAAGUGAAGGAUUCUUUAAGACUAACAAGGUUUAUAUAGAGUUAAAUGCCAGUGAGGAAGAUCGGAAUACUCAGUUUGAUAAAAGUCGUUUCUACAACUUGUUAGAUAGAUAUCAAAACACAAUCAAUAUUCAAGUCAGCUUGCCGUCACUGG